UUUUGAGGUCGUUAGUCUACUUGGUCUGUGGUCGUGGUGUUUACAUUUUACAACUUAAGGCAAUGUGCAUGUGAAGAAUUUCGUCUUUAUUAAAAAUGUCGAAUUCAGAAGAAAAGAAAAUGCCUAAAACAAAUGGCGCAGGGAUCGACAUGUCGGAACGCCUCGCUACUUUCAAACCCCCGCGUGAUUACACUUUAGGUGGUGUAAAAACGAACAGAAAAGUAUUUACGCCGAAUCUUAACGUAUCUAGAAACAAAACUAAAGGGCCGUCAGCUGGAAAUAAAGAGCAGAAGAAAGAAGAAAAAGGCAAACGGGACCGUAACAAAAACGAACGAAAUAAGAACUUUAGAAAUGGAGCCAACAUUAUUAAGUCCGGUGGAGUAUUUUCUGAAGGUUUGGGAGGUGGACAGCGGCAAGCAUCUCGUGGCUCAUACAACAGGGACAGUGAGUCGACUACUCCAGUACUGCAGCGACCUACAAUCCGAGUCAAGGAUGUUGUUAAGAUUGAUAAAGAACUGGAGGAACAGAAAAUAAAAGCAGUUAUGUCUCGGGGAACCUUCAGUGACGACGACAGUGAAGACUUCAAAGACGUUGUUAACAAGAACGCUCCAAUCAAAUUGCCCAUGGAUGAUGGAGGCCAGUCGGUUAAACAAGCCAAGAAGCAGAUUCAGGUGAAGAAGGAGGUGAUUGUGAAGAUUGAACCUGAGGACCCGGACGCUCGUUCGCCACCAGACACCAAGCCGGUAGUGGAGAUGAAGCCAAAAGUGACUGUGAAGAAGGAAGUGCUGGAUAACUCGGACCUGGUGGACCUACUCAGGAGCGACCAGUCCACACUGAUGCUGGUGAAGUUACCAGACACCCUGCCGGGUCGCGGCCCCGGCGGGGACGACAGUCCUCCACAUCGCAAAUCCAGGGAUCAGCUGACUACCACGCCCGCCGCACCUUCCGACCCGGAUGAUGAGUCUAUACCAGCGGACAUCAGGUGUAGGUUGAAGGAUUUGGAGGAAGGCCAGAUCGGCAAGUUGCGGAUACACCACUCCGGGCGUGUCACCAUGGCACUUGGCAAAACCAUCUUUGAGGUGAGCCUUGGCACGAAGUCGGCGUUCCACCAGGAGGUGGUGUCCAUGGCGGUGGACGAGGCCAGCAGGUCUGCGACCCUCGUAUCCCUGGGCGCGGUGCAGCACAAACUGAACAUUGUCCCGGACUGGGAGGCACUGUUCCAGGAAGCAGGAGGACGAUUGUGAGGGCGUGGAGGACCUGAAGAGCUGAGGACUUCAGGCGAGUUAAAAGGGCCACUUCAUAGUAAUUCAUCUACAAAAGCAAUAUUGCUAUUUGACAUUUGUUUGCAUUGCCUUACUUUAAUAUGCGCAAAUGUCAAAUUGCAAUAUUGGUUUUUAGAAGAGUUGUUUCGAUUGGGCCUUUUUAACCCCCCUUUGACUAGCGCAACGUGUGAUGAAAUUGGAUCAACAAUAUAUUUUUCUGAUGAGUCUUUGGUAGGCUGUACAUUAGUGUUGCCUAUCGACAGAGCACUGAUGAUGGUUGAAAAAAAUCUAUAGUAUCAAUAGUAAAAAUAACGAGUUUGAUACUCCUUGUAAUAUUCAGAAGCAAUGCUAUCAAUAGUUCUCGCUGUAUGAUGAUUGUAUUGAUCUAAAUAAGCUUAUAUUUACUGUCCUAACGAUAGAUGAUUUUCAACGUUAACUAUCUAUAGUCAAACUAUGGAUGGUUCGGCAACACUACUUUUCAUGACUGUACUGUACAUCCUUGUGUGAGUGUACCACUGCCAAAUUCGAAUGUAACAACAUGAGACAGAACAAAUAUUUUGUAUGUCGUCCUUUUCUUUAUGUGAGGUUUGUUGAAAUAAAAAGUAUUUCAACAAGUAGAAAAUAAGUAAGUUAAUUGUGUGUUACUUAGUCAGAAGAUGUAUUUCCGAAGUAUGCUGCCAAUGGCCAGGAAAGCAUUAUUGUACUUUUGUAUAAUACCAUUUCAGAAAUCUAUUAAUAUAAUGUAGAUUUUGUAUUCUUGUAUAAUCUGAUAGGUGCCAAUUCCGGCAGACAACUCCGUAGUCAUAAUGGUCAUUUUCUUAUCCAUUAAGAAAGGGAUGGAUGAUGCCAGUUGUUAAUUUUAUCUGGUUUCUAAAUCACUUCUGUGAAAACCUAUAUUUCCUAGCUAUUGCUGGCAGCAAAGACUAACAUGACAUGAUGGUGAGAGCAAAUGCUGGAUCAUUUGUUAUUAAGCAUAAGUAAAACAUAGUGAGACUGUUAUAUUCGCAAUAUUCUCAUGUGAUUAUGAAUGUGUAAUUAAACAGCUUGUGAUUAA